AUGGCGGACUCCGGGUUGACGGCUGCUGGAAGCAGCACAUACUCGUCGAACACACUACAUGUUGGAGAUGGCACCUGGGAUACGCAGCGCGAUACUUUCUUGUUGCCCAAUCUGAUGGGUCUGAAUUUCGAAACGAUGCGAUAUAAUGGUAUGGGGAAUCGUUUCAAGGAUAUGGCUGGGUAUCAUUCUAUAAUUAUUGCCCACGGUGUCAUCGGAACCAUCGUCUUCUUGGGCAUCGUUCCCAUGUCAACCCUAAUCAUCCGAUACUACUCCCGAUGGAACCCUUACUGGGCAUUCAAAUUACACGCCUGGUGCCAGGUCAUGACGCUCCUCUUGACAACAGUGGUGUUUGUACUUGGCUGGUUUGCCGUGGGGCCAGAGCGGAGCCUGACCAACCCACACCACGGAAUUGGCCUAGCAAUCUAUGUCAUGGUCAUUUUCCAGGUCUUGUGGGGCUGGCUGACACACAAGAUGGAGAGCAAGAGAAAGCGACAUCGUGUGCCGUUGAAGCUAGUGAUCCACCGCUGGCUCGGUCGAACCUUGGCUAUUCUAGGGAUCAUUCAAAUUCCCCUUGGUCUUACUCUGUACGGGUCACCUAAAGUCCUUUUCAUUCUCUUCGCCAUUGCAGCAUUCGCGCUUCUAGUCACAUAUUUUGUACUCUCUUAUCUUUACGACGAUGAGGGGUACCACCUACCCAGUGAGCAUGGUAGCCGAUUAGACGGUCCAUCCGUGAUGACGGAAGAGCAUAACCACCAUAGUGGGCUUGGAGGAGUGCUGGCUGGAGGAGCUUUGGCCGCAGGGCUGGCUUCGAUGUUCCGUCGACGACCACGGAGCCGGAAUACCAGCCAAUCCUACGAAGAUUCUCGCACUUCCUUGUCAGACGAGAAGUACUCAGACGAAUCCUCUCGCCACAGCAAGGAAGGAGGUGGUUGGGGAAAGAGGAUUAUGGAGAUUGGUGCCUUGGCUGGAGGUGCUAUGCUUGCGAAGAGCUUGUGGGAUCGCCGAAAGAAGCGUGAAGAUGACUCUGAGGCUGGUCGGUAUAGACCUGCCCAUUCGCGCACAGACAGCUACAGCGAAGAAUCUUUCAGUCGAUUGGAAGAGGGACGACCGGAACCCACCCAUCAGACACCCCUCCAUCGUCCUCCAGGCCGAACCCCAAGCCGACCACCAAGCAGGACCCAGAGCCCUGGUUCCUCGUACUAUUACGAUAGUGCCUAUUCUACAGAGCCGCCCAGAAAGGCCUCGCAUGGAGUUCGUGAUGCACUCCUUGGUGCUGGUGCUUUUGGUGCCAUGAAGCGACUGUUCAGCCGUGGCAAGAAGGAUGAUGAAGAAAAACGCCGAAUGGAGGAGAUCCGCCGUCAAGACGAAGAAGAUGAACGCCUGCAAAGAGCAAACAGCAAGCGACGCCCACAAUCGCAGGCAGGACCCUAUCCUCAAAGACGCAGACCCAGCUCUUAUACAGAAAGCGACCUCACACCAACCGAUCUUACUCCCCGUCCACCUCGUCAGCCAACGCAAACCUCUCUUCUCUCUCCUGAACCCGUUGCAUCAGGCGCUGUCCACGCGGCUCCUUCUGAUAUGCCUCCCAUCCCGCCGGCGCACCAGCAUUACUCGGAGGACUUGGUGUCUGAGAUGCCUUCUUCGCACGCUGAUCACCACGGUGAGGACUGGGCUGCCGGCGCUGCCGCUGGAGCUGCCGGAGCAGCAGCAUUGGGUGCAGCCAGCCGUCGUCGCAAUAGUGGUAGCCGACACCGUGACGACAGUCGACGUCGAGACGAUAGCAGGCACCGGGAUGACAGUAGACAUCGCGACGAUCAUGUCGAGUCCCCACCGGUAUCAGUGAAGGUGAAGAUGCACGGCGAUGGGCGCCAUGUGACCCUUCGUCGUUUAACCGAACAAGAAGCAGCAGCUAGUCGCGAAGCUAGACGACGAGAGCGCCGAGACUCUCGACGCCGCAACGGUAGCGCAAGCUCUAUCUCUGGUGACGAGGGACGUGAGAGCGAUCGUUGGCGCCGUGUUGAGGAGCUGGAGAGGCAGCAAGCACAACAAAUCCAGCGCGAGCAAGCUGCCGCUGCCGCUGCGAUGCAUACAUCUGCUGGCCCUGCCGGAAGCAUUCCCUCCUUCGCUCCACCACACUCACAAAUCAGUGACAUGCCACCACCCCCUCCAAUUCCUCAUGCCGCCCCUUCUAGUAUGCCCUACGGUGCGGGUAGUGUCACUUCGCCUACAUGGACCGGCACGGAAGCCAGUGGAUCAUACGCUAAUAACCGUCGACGCCGACGAGCAGAACGGGCUCGAGCGCGUCAAGAGAGGCAACAACAGCACGGGGUGGAGUUUGAAUAA